AUGGGUAAAAAGAAUCGUGAGAAUAAUACAACGAUAAGAACAUCAUCAUCAAUUCAUCAACAAGAUCAAACAUUUGAAUAUUUAACUAAAACAUUCAAUCGUAAAGAUGGACCAAUUCAGUCUAUGUGUGAUAUUACUCGUCCACAUGUGGAUUCCUUUAAUUGGAUGCUUAAAGAAGGUUUAAUGAAAGCUGCGAGUACUAUUUUACCAUUAGAAUUUGAAACAAAUACAAAAUUACGAGUUAAAUUAAAAUUUGUUAGUUUGGAAAUUGCUCGACCUAAAGUAAAAGUUAUUGCUGGUGCUAAUCGACUAAGUCAUUAUGUGUAUCCUGCUGAAGCUCGUAUGGGUAAAAGUACUUAUUCAGGAACAUUACAUGCUCGUAUUCAUGCUGAAAUUUUUGAUCAAAAUGGUAAAUUAAUUGGACGUGAAUCAUAUGAUCGAAAUCUUGGUUCAAUACCAGUUAUGGUUCGAAGUGAUGCAUGUAAUUUAGCAAAUAUGAAUACAAAAGAAUUAUGUUCAAAAUAUGAAGAACCAAAUGAAAAUGGUGGUUAUUUUGUCGUUAAAGGAUAUGAACGUAUUUUACGUUUAUUAACAAUGACAAGACGAAAUUAUCCUAUGGCAAUGUCUCGUGGGCGGUGGCGACAACGUGGUCCAGGAUUUACAGAUCGUGGUCUUCAAAUUCGUUGUUUAUCAGAUGAUCAACGAGGCAUUGAAAAUACACUUCAUUAUCUGGAUACCGGUGCCAUUACAUUAGCUUUUAUGUUUCGUAAAGAAAUGUAUUUUAUUCCUGUUGUUAUGAUUCUCAAAAUGUUAGCCGAUGAUAAUACAUCUGAUCGAGAAAUUCAUGCAAAUCUUAUGCGUGGUGCUUAUAAAAAUAAUAGUGCUUUUGAUAAUAAUAUUAAAUAUAUGCUUCGUCAAUUACAGAAAACAUAUUGGUGUGAACAACCAUUAAUAGCUCGUCAAACUAUAAUUGAUUAUGUUGGUUCACAUUUUCGUACACGUUUACAACGACCAUCAUGGCAUACAAAUGCUGAUGUUGCUCGUUAUUUAAUUGAUAAUUAUAUAUUAAUUCAUUUAAAAAAUGAUAAAGCUAAAUAUAAUAUGUUAAUAUUUAUGAUCCGUAAACUUUUUUCAUAUGUACGUGAUGAAUGUAAAGCUGAAGAUCAAGAUGCACCAUCAAUGCAUGAAAUUCUUUUACCUGGACAUGUUUAUUUAGCAUUGUUAUCAGAACGCUUAGAAACAUGGUUAAUAUCAUUACGUGAAACAUUUUUAAAAUUAAAUAAAAGUAGUAAAACAUCGAAUGAUGCAUCAAUAACUACAAGUGCGUAA